UGGUCAGAAGCGGCCCCGUUCGGAGAAGGACCAAAACACCCAGAGGACAACAUGGAGCUUCUGAUCAUCCAAGCCUGGAGAACGGCGGAGCAAGGAGAUCUGCUGGGAAUCGUAUUCGGGAAGGUGGAGGAGGGCAAUCUCCCCUUGAUCACGGACGAGUUGCUGGUGUUUCUGACUCAGCUGGUGGAUGAUCUGCCCCUAGACAUCUUGUCACGCAGUGACGAGCAGCCAGGCACCCACAUGCUGUCUCGAACGCUCGAGCCGCACCUUAUGUGGUCCACGUGUACGGAGAUUGACGAGGACAACUGUCUCUAUCCCUCCCAGGCGCUUUACUUGGAGAUUGACGUUACCGAUCUUACAUUUUGGGACCCGAUCGCGAGGACAAACGCGGCGCAGGACGAGGAGAUAGGGGGAGCAGAGGAAGAGGAGGAAGAGCAUAGGAAGUGGAAGCGCCAGGAGACCGCGGAGGGAAAGCGACCCACGACAAACGUUUCUCUUGUCGAUCCAUCGAUCAGGGAUCCGUGGCGUGAUCCGGAGCCACGAGAAGAAGAAGACGAUGGAACCGCAACAGAGGGAUCGUGGAGAAGAAGAAGAAGAAGUGAAUCGCCAGCUUCCUCCGGCUCCCCGUCCCAGUCCUCCAUUUGUCUACAUCAAGAUCUCGACGUUCGGGCUUUGUCCCCGGUCGUUCUCUCGCCGACCCCGUGACUACCUCAUGCUUACCUGUC